AUGGAUAAUUGGAAAUCUUUACCUAUAGAUAAAUAUGAUGGUACAACAGAUCCUGAUGAACACUUGGAUGUUUUUCUGACGCAGGACAAGAAGGAGUCGCUUCGGACCUUCAUGGAUCGGUUUAAUAAGGCGGCAUUGGAGAUCCGAGACCUCAAUCCAGCCGUAGCACUCCAUCAUCUCACAACGGCCUUAAAACCAGGACCGUUUGUCAAUAGCCUCUACAAGAAGCCUCCUUCGGACAUGAAUGACCUACGGAGGAGGGCCGACAAAUAUAUACAAAUGGAAGAAUUAGCUGAGUACCGCAAUCAGGCCCGAGCUGAACCAUUGGGCAAACCUGAAAAGCAAGCAGAACAACCAUACAGGGGGCGAGGCAAAGAGCUAACUCUUCGGGAUCGCCCGGCGUGA